AGAGACUUAUAACUGGCGAUCAUCUGAUGGGUUCCAGCGUUUUGGUCACGUGUCAGCACGACUAACAGACAGACCAUGCCCCCACGGCUGGUUACACUACCAAGGGAGCUGCUAUUAUUUUAGCAGAGACCGACUGGAAUGGUGGAGGGCAUUGGUGAAGUGUAUAAGUAUGGAUGGAGACCUUGUAUCUGUAGAGGAAGGACACGAGAAUACAUUCAUACGUCGCCACUUGAUGAUGUUUUACGUACACAGGGGUGCCUGGAUGGGCCUUAACAAGCUUGUCUGUCCAGAAAAAGAUCGGUGGUUCUGGGGUGUGACGUCAUCAGAAUGCAGACGAUUUGACUGGUUUUCACAUGAGCCACUUCAUAACGAAAAGGGAAAUAAAUAUUGUGGGUUGUUUUGGCAAAGUUUUAACUACCACUGGCACGUAGACAACUGUGCACAGAAAAAUUAUUACAUUUGCGAACUGAAACCUGGUAAAAAAUGUAACUGUCACAUAUAAGACAUCGAACAUGUUUUUCAAACAUGGUUUCAUACAACCCUGGGAUUCCAUGGCAAAUACCCUGGCAG